AAGGCGGACAGGGGGUGGGGUUUGAGGAACCAGAGUGAGGUUUGGAACGCAGAAGUUAAGAAGCUCAGGAGCCUGCAGUGUUAUGGUGUUACUGCAGAGAUAGUAUUUGCGAAUAUGUAGGAAGCAGAUCAUUGAAGGCAUCGGGCAUAAGUACAGUAGGAGUGGCUGACGUAUUUCUGGUUGUUGCAACAUAUCACUUGGUUAUCUGUGACCAUCAAUCCAGUGUAGCCCUUUGAUCUGUGCAUGUGACCCUGUUACCUCUGCCCUGUUCUUUUCAGAGAGGUGGUGCAAUGGCUACUGCUGCUGUGUCUGGUCUUGUAAAUGUUUUGGAAUCUUACAGAGGGAGAGACAGAGUGAUCAGAACACUAUGUUACAGCUGUCAGCUCCUGGGUGGGGUAAUGUCAAACAAAAGUGAGAUGGAGCACAACUGGGGAAAGAGCCUUUUAAUUGUGUCAUCACAGCUCAGCCACUGUCGGAUGGUUCUACGGCUGUUUGAUGAUCUUGCCAUGCUCGCGUACUCUGUAAAUUAUGGUUUGGGAAAAAAGGAGAAAGACUCGCUCAUCAGGUGGAUCUCGAUCAUCAGUAACAUUUCUGAUCAGCUUUAUUAUCCUUGUGAGCAUAUAGCAUGGGCCGCAGACUCCGGAGUCAUUCAUGCAAAGUCCGAAAUGUGGUGGACAGCGAGUACAGCACUUUGGGGGAUUUCUCUUAUGCUAGGAAUUGUGAAGUCACUGAGAAGCUUAAUAAUGCUAAGAAGAUACAAAGGAAAACAUUCUCAGUUUUUAUUUGAAAGCCUAUGAUAAGCAAAUGGAGUCAGGAGAGCUGGUACAAAAACCAAAGGCUGACCUGAGGAGAGAGAACACAGCUGCUGUAUAAAGAAACAGAUGAAGUGUGAAGUCUUUCCUCAAUGUGAUCUAUUUCAUAUUAAUGUCAUCAACCCCCUCCGGCAAUAUAAUAAAUGAGCCAUCAGCCACAGAGCUGGUCAUUACCCCUUCCCAACUUGAUUAUACUCCCUGUACCCCACACUGCUUGCAUUGGAAUAGCCAUCUGCCUUCUUAACCCUUUCACUGCAACUCUUUUGUUCAGGCUGGUAACCAUGGUAUUUCUUAUUCACGGACAUAAAUAAUAGAAUUUUGCAAAUAUUUUAAGGGUCACUGCAUUUCUGCCAACUUCAAGGGGGAAGUUUAUAAAUAAUCUCUUGGUUUGUGUUCUACGAGAAGAGCCUUUGUGGGUUCUUGGUGUUUUAUUUAAAUCUGACAUUUUGGGGCACAUUUACUUAG